AUGCAGAUCUGUGGCCGGGCCAGCCCAUGCUUAUAUACAGCGCAUUCCAGAGUUCAGGACUUCCCCCCUUGUGCCCCGCAAACCACUCCACUUCAGGGGCAGCGAAGGUCUCCCCAUUCUGGGCUUCUUCUUCCUCUUCUGCCCCUGUGCCAACAACGAGCAACAGUCGUUACAGCGGCUGACAGCAGCAGAGGGGGGCACAGAGGGCGUUGCAGAGACGCACCCCCCCCCGCCCCACCCCCACCCCACGCUCUCUCCGGGCCACAGAAGUCCGUGGUGUGGGGAAGGGGGGGUAAGGGGCGGCGGGGUAAGGGGCGGGGAGAGGAAGGUGGUUCCCCGGGUGUCGGGGUGCGCGGCUUCCACGGUAGACGCAAACACAACCCAGUGGGGGUAUCUGCUGGGUGGUGCUCACGAAGCUGUCGUAUGCACGGAUAUGGUUUGAAACCUUUUCUAUUAAACAAAUGCAUACAUUCUGGGAAGUGUUUGGCAGAAAAGUACCUGAAGAAUUUGGUUUCUCAAUACAUUUUCUACUGCCCUUUCAAUAGAGCUAUCCAAUGUUUGCUGGAUUUGUCUCUUUGUUCCCUUUGA